GGGAGGGCAGAAAGAAGGAGGUGGUUGUCGGGGAGAAGGAAAAUAUAUAAAGAGGGGGGAGAGCAAGAGAUCGAGAGCAAGUGGAAGAAAGACGAGGAGAAAGAAGCUCCUUCACAUUUUGGCAAAGAUUACAAACUUUUUGCAAGCAACAGACAGCACGAUGGCUGCCGGCAGAGGCCUUCCCUUUCCCCUGGUGAUUGUGUGCCUGCUUUUCAUCAGAGGUUACUCUCCCCUGCCUACGACGUCUCGAGCGACAGGGACCAAUCCCGUGGGGCCUCUUUUGACCAAGGCCCAUUUGCUUUCUACAGAAGACUACGAUGAUCUUUAUGGCAAAACCACUGUACCCAACAGAGUGUCUCCAGAUGGAGGAAUCCCCAAGAAAUGCAACUACAAUCCCUGUCUGGAGGGUCAGAUCUCCUGUAGAGAUCUGGCAGCUGCCACCAGCUGCUCAUGUCCAGGGUCCACUUUACAUGAUGUGGUUCCAGAUGCUCCCUUCUUGAGAUCAGUGUCCUGGAACGGGUCAGAUGUUGUACUUCAGUGGUGUGCGCCUAAUUCAUAUGUCACACAUUAUAUCGUGACAGUAGGGGGGCAUGAGUGGCAGCAGUUUGGGAAGGACCGAAGGAACGUCGCAUUGGGUGACAUUGACCACAUCGCACAGGUUUGUGUGGUUGCAGCGAACGACAGAGGAAACAGUGAGGAAAGUUGUAAGAUGUACUAUCCCAGAGACAACAGCCUGCCUCUGAAAGCGGGACUCAUCGGGGGGGCUCUGGGCUUCCUGCUGCUCCUCUUGCUGGCCGUCUUGCUCUGGAGGUGUAAGAGGCAGAGGAAGCAGGAGGCCAGCAUCUCUAUGCAUGACACAGCAGAGGCACAGUGAACAGAAAACAGAGCAAGGACUGGGAUCAGUAAGAUAAGACUUUGUCCCAUGAGACUUUUCAGCAUUGUUGCAGUUAAUUAACCUUGACUCCAUUCUAAAUAUUAGUGGUUUUCUGCACUACAAGGUUUUCUGAGAGCGCUGGAGGAAGCAGGUUUCAUCAUCUCACAUAAAUAUAUCUGACAGAUUAUGUUCAGUGCUACAAACAGGGUCUAUUUUGAAAACCCCUUGGUGGUGUGGUGAAGCAGUUCCCAUAUCCAUGACUUGGAAACCAGCUGCAGGAAGAUUUUGCAUUCAUCAGUUAUGAUUCCUGAAAUUAUGGCCAGGAAACAAAUGAUAAGAACAUUGCAAGACAGAUAAUGUGGAUUUGGUCUUUUUUGGAGGGUCAGUGCAUUUUUCCAGUAAUCCAGUGAGUUUUUACAUGGUUUGUUUAGCUUAUUAUCACUCAUAAUCCUUUUUCUGGUUUUUUUUUGAACAGAUGACUGAAACAAACUGAUUAAAACCAGGCACACCCUGAUACAGAUCAGGAUUUUUUUUUUUUUUUUUUUUUUUUCAAAUAAAAUUUGAGAGAACAAUGAGUCUUUUAAAUGUUGUAAUAGUAGGAAAAUACAAUGACAGUAACAAGAGGAGUUAUACCAGAGAAAACAGCUGAUGGGUACAAAAAUAAAGUGGCAUUAUCUGUCGGAAUAAUUUAAUUAGGGUUAGGUAACAGUUAUUAACACAUGAUAACACGCUGUACAGUUAAAAAGUAUAUAUAUCCUAUGGUAGUAUGAAGUUCCUUUGAAACUCUCUGUGAGAGUUCCUCAUGUAUUUAAUGAAAGAGCAAGUGGAUUGAUUGUUGUAUUAUGUACUGUAUUUAUGAUCAUCAUUUGGUUUGUUGCCUUUGACUUCACCAUGUUAAAAGUUUGAUUCUUUCAUCAAACUAAAGUUUUGGGGAAACACGCUCAAGUCUCAAGUUGACUGUUCAAACUGGAGCUUACUAUAAAUGUUUGUUGAAAUGUCUGACUGUUUAACUCCACUAAAACUUUGCCUUUGCUGCUGCA